AUGAGUUCAGACAGAAAUGAAAAUGAAGAGGAGCCGUCGUCGCCUGAAUAUGAGCAGUCAUUUGUCAAGCGGAUGACUAAUAUAUUACCUUCAACUAUUACUAAGUGGUUUGUAAAUAGUAGUUCUUGUAUCAAAAGAUCAGCAAAACGAUCAAUGAAUAUAGAAGAUAAUAAUAGUGUAUUAGAUAGUAGCAGAUUAGGUGAUGAGACGCCAGCAGCAAAAAAAAUGAAACUUACUCCCAUGUCAUUAAACAAUAGCUUCCCAAAAAUGGCUUCAUCUAGUACUAAUACAGAUAUUACGAGCACAGUUAUCACCCAACCACAAAAGAGAAAUUCAAUAUCCAAGAGAGAUAUGAAUCCAUCAACAUUUGAAUCUGAACCUGACGAGCUCGGAGAAUUUAAUUCUGAAAUAGUAUCAAAAGUAGUGCAUUUUUUAAAUAAUGCCUUGUCAUCAGGAGACAACUCUGUGACAAGAACGCGCAAAUCUUUAUUUGAUAACAGCGAGAUAGAUGGACGGAAGACAGAAAACUCUAACAUGCCAUCAUAUGGGUCAACAUUCUACUCUGGAAAAACUGUGUAUGGUGGAGCAGCAAGCAACACCCAUGUUGUAAGUCCUCAAAUAAAUGAAGAGAAAACUGCUAGUAAUAAAGUUGAAAGUUCAGAAAGUCUCACUAAGAGUAUAUCUGCCAAAAAAAUAAUGGAUAUGUUAGAAAACUAUUCAUCUCCAUUAAGUGAAGCUAAAAGAAUAUCCCAAUAUGUAAAUAGAGAUAAAAGUUUAACACCAAAUACAAUAAAGCAGUCUGAAAAUUCUUUCAAAACCCAGGAGCUUUAUGUGCCCCACUAUGCUAGUAUUCUGAGCACAAAACGAAAGUCCCGUUUCAUGGAUACCACCAAUACAGCAAGACAGUUGACAGCAUCGCACAGUAGUACUUCAAAACCAUCACGCAACAAAUUAUCAAAUGCUAAUGGGGAAACAUAUAACAAAUCAGUUAAACAAAUGAAACAGAAGAUUGUCGUACCCGAUCCACUACCAGUGAACUUAACAGCAGCUUUAGAAAUAAAUAGUGACAAAUUGCCAAACUUUACAACAUUUAUUAAGAGUUCUGGUGUACCCAAUAACACUCCAGCUUAUGAAUCUAAAAAUACAGCUGACACAACUGACUCUUUGAAAAUUGAUGAGCGAUCCAACUCUAAAAAUAGUCAUGUUGACUUAGAAAAGCCAGCACAUGUCUUCAGUAUAAAUAAAAAAAUUCCGGAAUUUUCUUUCACUAAUCCAGAAAAAUGUGUUGAAAAAGUUGUAAAAGAUGCUAUAAAAUUUUCUAAAAGUAAUGCUAUGGGACAGGAAAAUGAAACUAAAGAAAAUAAUUCCACAAUGUUUGAUGGAAAGCAGCUUGAGGAUAAUUCUAAGAUACAUCUAAGUACUACUUAUGAAAUUACACAAAAAAGGCAACAAGAAAAUCAGGAGGUUAAUGAAAAAUCUAUGGUGUUAGAAACACAAAAACCUGAUAAAACUUGGAAUUGUGAUAUUUGUUGGUUUGUGAACAACAGCAUGGCGAAGCAAUGUAUUGCAUGUGCUACUGUUCCAACCACAGAAUCUGUUAGUAAGGAAUCAGAAAAGCAAGCUACUACUAAUUUUAUGAAUAAAGAUAAUUUACUUUCAAAAAUAACUAAAGCUCAAACAGAGAAAUGGACAUGUCCAAUUUGUCUGGUUCAUAACAGUAAUGACAAGAGCAGAUGUGUCUGUUGUGCUGCAGAAAAAAUAAGUAAUAAAGUGCCAGCGAAAUUUAACUUUGGUACUUCCAAUACAACUUUUAAAUUUGGUAUUGAUCUAAAGGUCAAUAAAGAUAAGAAAACUAUUCAAGAAACUAAUAAUACCGUGUCACCUCAACCAUCUUUAAGCAUACUAGAGACAAUACCAAAAACAUGUACAGAUGUAUUUAGUAAUAAAGUUGCUGAACCAGAGACAAGUAUGCCUUUAACACCACAGUCAAUGGUUUUUACAUACAAUGUUUGUGAAGCCAUUCAAUUGCCUACUAAAUCUACAAUGGUUGAGAAUACAGCAACUACAAUUAAAGCAACUGUCACAGAAGCUCCCACUUUUAAUGCACCACAAUCUGAAAAUAAGGAUAGCCAAAAAGAAACGAAUUUCCCAGUUACAAACUUUUUCAAAAGUAUAGAAUCUUCUAAUACAUUUCAAAAAUGUAGUGAUACUAUUUCUAAGCCCUUGUUUGGAAAUUUCCAGUUACCUUCUAGUACGCCACUUUUUACUUCUAGUACUCAUCAGGGUUUUUUGAACUCCGAAAAUCAGAUCUCUUUAAUUACUGCAUCAAGAACUCUAUUUCCUGAAACAAGCUCAGAAUCAACCACUGUAUAUUCGGAUUAUCGGCUGUCUGAAAAAGUUGAAACUACAACUCCAAAAGUGACACUUUCUAUUCCACGCUUUAGCUUUGGUUUGGCAAAUACGCAGAUUACUACGGCGACUUCGACUAAACCGUCAUUCAACUUGACCUUUGUGUCUAGUAAUAAAACUAGCACACCCAAUGUUUUUAAUAACACCUUCACUAUACCAGUUCCAGACAAAAUAUCGAGCAAUUUUGCAGCACCCCCUGUGCCAAUUGUAUCAGAAACACUGAGACCAAUGUCCAAUAUCUUGCCGACCAGUAUGACUAAUACAGCCAUGUUAGGUGGAAAUGGGCUUUCUGGAAACACAUUUGUAAAUGAUAACCCACAAAACAAUUCAGGAAGUAACUUAUCUAAUACCACUGCACAGCAGACAAGUUCUCCAGGAUUAUUUGGAAUACAAAAUGAGAACAAUGCUACUAAUACCAAUACCAAUACCAAUACCAAUGCCAAUGCCAAUGCCAUUCCUAAUGGGCAAGAGACUUCAGAAUUUUUUUUGGGCAGCAACAUGCCGGCUAGUGUCUAUAAUAAUAAUGUUGGCGUUUCUACAUUUGGUAACCACGGUCAAGAAACUGGAGUUUUUGGCAUGUCCAUUCAGUUUACAGAUAACGCAUUUUCAAAUUCCAUACCAAAUUCUUCCUUCCCGGUUAUAUUUGGAAAUUCCCUAGCAAAUAGUACUAUUGCUCCUGCGACAUCAAUGUUUCAACAACCAAGUGAUAGUCAAAUCGCUGGUGGCUUCGGAGCGCCUUCACCGUUCGACACAAAUGUGAACCGAUCCGUUUCACAGCCAUCAUUAAACUUAAGCAACGGACAAUCGUCGAGGGGGGUAUUUGGAUUCACACAGCCUGCUCAACAGCAGCCCCAGCCGGUUGGAGUGUAUGGGUUCACUGGAGCGCCAGUACCGCAGGUUCAGUUCAAAGUUGGAAGCGCACCAAACACAACUGCGCGUCGGAUGAGAAAGGCUGUCCGAAGAACGACGCAACGCUGA